AUGUGGACCGUACUCUUCGGCGAAAAUGAGGACGAUGCGGGCUCCGCACAGCCCACGCGCGACCCCGUCAAGACGCCCGUAUCCCCGCAGCACUCGACGCCACCUGUGACGCCGUCGCCCCUGGAGCCUCUAGCUCCGUCUACGCCGCCGCCACAGCCUCCGCCGCAGUCUCAACCUCAGCCUCAACCCCGACGCGCUAACCCCGUGCCUGAGGGUAAGGGUGGGGAGGGCGAUGACACGCCCAUGUCCAUGUUACUUAAGCGGCUUAAUAACCUCAUGGUUAAGGUGGGCGAGCACGAGUUUGAGAAGAGGACACUGGUUGAUCAGAUGGAGAAGGAGCGGAAGCUACUGACAGCCAAGAUCUCGGACCUGGAGAAGCAGAUGGAGGACGUCAAGGACCAGAACGUGCAGCUACAAUACAAAAUCGAGUACAACUCGGAGCCGAUGCUCAUGGAGCGUGUACAGGACGUCACGGACAUGCGCGAUGCGCUGGCUGCUGUGAAGAAGCAGCUAGAAGCGGAACUGCAGGAGAAGGAGACGGAGUUAAGGGAGAUGAAGAAAGUAUUGGCAGCCAAAGACAAGGAGCUGAGCGCUCUCCGCGAGGAGUACGAAAAGCAGAUUGAGGACGUGACGGCAGAGCGAGAAGCAGCGAAGCAAGAGGCUGCUGACGCCGUGCGAGUGGCGAGUGAGGCUGCUAGUGAGAAGUGUGAAGAGCAGUUGAAGGAGAAGGACGAUGCGUUGACGGCGGUCCAGGAGGAGAAACAGACGCUUGAGACGUCUCUGGUCGAGAAGGAAAAGGCUCUGCUGGAAGCUGAAGCUGCGACUGCUGAGGUGCAGAGAAGUCUGGAGCAAGUGCAGCGUCAAGGGGAGACGGACACGACGGCUGUGGAGCAAUUACGCCAGCAGUUGGAGCAGACCGCCCAGGAACACGAGCGGAAGCUACAGCGACUGAAGGAUGAAGGUCAACAGCAGCUGGAGGCUCUUAAGAAACACGCUCAGGAGCAGGAGAACAUUGCAUCGGAGAAGACACAGGAGUUGGAGGACUACAAGCACGACUGCGUGGAGCUGUGGAAGAUUAAUGAGGAAUUGAAGCAGCAGAUCGCACUUACGUCGGCCGAGACGAUGAUUAAGCACGCAGAACUGCGAGAAAAUGCGCUGUCAGGUCAGACAGUACUCGAGGACAAGGUGGCUGAGUUGGAAAACCAGCUUGAGGAACUGCAGGAGCAGCUGAACCGGAAGAGUCAGGAGGUUGCGGAGCUCGAGGCCGAGGCCGAAAGUCGUACAAUGGCGGAUGGUGAGGCCUCAGGUGAAGAUGACGACAAGUUUGUGGUGGUCGGAGGCGACGGUGGCGCUAUCAGUAUCCUAACGGAGCAAGUGGCCACUGCGCAACGCGAACUGACCGAGGCAAUGGAGCUGAACUUGCACCUGAACAACCGUAACGCUUGGCUGGAGGAACAGUACCAGAUGCUGUCCUCUGUGCAGUCUGAAGGGGACGACGAACAGGACGAGACUGGAGUUGCUAAGCCCUCGUCGGAAGAGCGUAUUGCCGCGCUGGAACAAGAGCUCCAAGAAGCUACUCGUGCUGCGAACGAGCAGGCGGAGCAUGUGUCGAAUCUGGAGCAGAACUACAGCGCUCUCUCGACUGAGUUCGAUCGUCUUCACUCCGCCCACAACGAGUUGAUGGACGUGAAGCAGACGGAUGAUGUCACGCUGAACAGUCUGAGACAAGAGCUCGAGUCGCUUCGUGUUGCUCAGUUGGAUGCGACAGAUAAAGACCAAGCGCUGUUUUUCAAGGAGCAGGAGCUGGUGGAGCUGCGCUCGACUAACUCGACGCUGGUUGGCGAUGUCGAACGCUUGCGUAGCGUGGAAAGCCAGUUGCAGCAGACGCAUGACGCGCUAAGUAAGGCGCAAAAUGACCUUGCUGAAGCUCAAGCUGUCAACGCCAACUUGGAACAGGAGCUCAACGAGUUGAGGAGUAUCUCUGUUGCUGCCUCGAAGAAUGAUGAACACCUGGCUGCAAUUCAGAAUGAGCUGAACCAGGUUCGAUCGGAAAAGGACGCCAUUACGACACAGCUGACCCAGUCGCAGGCUUCUAUCCACGAUCUUCAGCUGAAGAUCCAGGGGCUGGAAGGUAUCGUGGACGGCCAGAUAAAUGACAAGAAGUCGCUGGAGCAGCAGCUUCAGAACCUGCAGGAGAUGGCUCAGGAGAACAUGGAAGGCUCGUACGAACUCCAAGCCAAUCUGGAGUCCACGAUGGAGGAGCUCGAGAAGGUCCAAGCCCAGUUGCGUGCUGAACAAGAGAAGUGUGUGGGUCUGCAGCAGUCAGUGGAGGAGGUGAAGCAGUCUUCGAUCUCCCGUGAGAAGCUGGAGCGUGCACAGAGUGAAAUUGCACGCUUGGAGCAGCAAGUUCGCCACUUCCACGGUCUGGAACAGUCUCUGAACCAGCAGUUGCAGGAGUCGGUGCGCGCUAAGGAGGCGAUAGCUGUGGAACUGCAGACUGCUCGCUCCGAGCGCGUCGCAGCGGAGGAAGAACACCAGCGACUCAAGACGUCGUAUGAGCAGGCAGCAGCGCAGCUUUCUUCUUCUCAGGCUUCGACGAGCGAGCUGCAACGCUCGAAUGAUGAUCUUUCGCACUCGCUGGAGCAGACUCGUUCGAAGGCGAAGCAAGCGGAGCAGCAGAUGAACGCGAUGCGUGCGAAGCACAGUGAGAUGCAGAAACAGGUGGAGACGCUGACAAAGAAGAACCUGUCGCUGGUGUCGGAGGUUCAAGGCAUGCGUGAUGAAGCCGACAAGCAGCAGCAGAUGACUCGUGGUCAGCUCGAGCAGCUCAAGGCUGCGCACGCCGACGUCCAGCGUCAGCUAGCAGAAGCCGCACAGGCUCUCCAGGGUAAGGAAGCCGAGGCUGCUGCGGCAGCACAGCGCAGCCAAGCGAACGUGGCGCAGCUGGAGGAUCUUGUCAAUCGCUACAAGGCAGACAAGCAAUCAUCGGACCAGCAGUUAGCACAGCUGAAUGCUAAGUGUGAGCGUCUUCGCCAGGUCCAGAACGAAGCCACGACGACGAUGGAACGUUCUCAGCACGAGCUGGAGCAGAUCCGUGUGCAGCUAAAUGCCACCCAGCAGGAGAAGCAUUCGCUCGAAACCGAGCUUGGUCAGCUGCGUGGCUUAAACGACGAGAAGGCUCAACUUCUUCAAGAAGCGGACGAACAGAAGCGUGUGAAUCAGCGACUGGAGGAAACCAACCGCGAGCUGGAAGGCCUGUUGCAGAAGUCCAAGGCGUAUUGCGAGGAGUUGUCGCGUGACAGCGAGGAUAAGGUGGGUCGCGUGCAGGAGUUCGCUCGACACGUCGAACAGGAAGCACGCGACGAAAUUGACCGCAUCGCGCACGAGAACGGUGUCUUGCGGGACGAGCUGGAGCAGCUCGCUCAGGCCCGCUUCGAGGAGACGAGCGCACACGAUGAACUUCGUGUGAAGCUGGCCGAGCUGCAAGCCGAAAACAACGUCUUGUCGGCGCGAGCGCAUCGCCUGACGCAGCAGCUGUCGCAGUACACGGAACUCCCGGAAGAUGACGAGCUGGCAGCGACAGGGCAGGGCCAGACGCCCGAUCUGUGGGAGCUGUUGUCGUCAGGAAUGGAGCAGCUCAAGGCUGACUUGGAGCUUGCCAGCAAGUACGCCGCCAGUAUUGAUGCCAGUAGCGUAGACGGCGGCAUUGGAGACGAAUCAUUCACGGUCGCAAACUAGUGUACACUUGGGAGCUGAGGGAGCCACGCGUGAAUGACU